CCCCAGAUGUGCGAGAAGUUUACCGUCUGUGAGAACAGCAUGGAAAUGCUCGUCCAGAACAACCUCAACCUCCCCAAAGUGACGGAGGAAGAUGGGUGCCUGCUCGCCGGCUUCAACGAGGAUAAAUGCUUGAAGAAAAUCUCCAGCGGGCUUUAUACGUUUCAGACAUACCUUGAAUACGUACAAGAAACUUUCACUAGUGAAAAGCAAAAGGUCGAAUCGCUGUGCUACAGUACAGAGCACCUGGCACACACCAUAAGGCAGAUGGUGAUCAAUCCCGAUGAAGUGAUCAUCCCAGACUCAGCUACCCAGGAAUCCCUCCGAGCAAAGCUGAAGUCCAAUAAGACCUGGAUAGAGAAGAUCACCACCCACCUCAUCCUCCGAGACUUUACUUCGUUUAUGGAGAAAACCGUGAGGGCCGUUCGUUAUUUGAAAAAUACCAGGAGUUCCAGUGUCUGAAUGUUUUAAUUCGGGCACAAUCCUUUG